AUGAUCAGGACAGAUUCAGUUAACAGAGUUUUACUUAUUUCAGUAAACAAUUCCCCACUGAGCCUCAGAGGACACAGCCGCCACAGACUCAUCCAGCUCCAAGGGGUUGGUCACACCCCUUCUGCCACUAUUACAGUGGGAUCCUCCAGCGCACUUCCCUUCUGUCAUCCACAGUCUUGUGAAGUCCACCUAGAAAGACAAGUCACUAAAACAAGAGCCGAUCCAGGGCAGGGGGCACCAUCCCCUUUUGGAGGCCCUUGUCACAGCAAGCUGCAGGCAGAGGCUCAAUGGCCCUAUCUUUCUGAGGGCUUCCUGGCCAAUGCACCAGAAAUGUCAUAG